AAAUAUCGAAAGCUGACGGUGAUAGCGACUUGAUUUUUCACAUCGUCAAUGAACAUGGCGGCAGAUUCACCAACCUCCCAUUUCACCGCCGAGAUGCUUGUGACGUUGGAGAUGUUCAAGGAUUCGCCGUGGGAGGAACCGGUCCCCGUUAGUCCCUUCUGGGAUAGUAUAGACUACUCGAUCGCUCGCAAUUUCCUCGGCAGCUUUACACAGGCUGAACUGGCACAGCUGCCCAUCGACGAGGACAGCAUCGCUGACCAGCAAUCCAAGAUCAUACUCCUCUUACGACUCCUGCAAAAGAAAUUGGAUGAUGAAGAAGCCGCUACUUCUCCCCCGGGCAGCCUCUACACCAGCGAUUACCAGCAGUGGUACCGAUUAUGGCAAGGGAUCUACGUCCUUCAGGACGAGUUGAACCUCCCCGAGGCGGAACGGACCAUUCGGAUGCUGGUGGACAAAACACCAUACAAAUCGAAUCCAGUACCAUCGCACAUGCUAGCAGAGCACCUGGUAAAAGUUGGCAAGUACGAAGAGGCAGAACGGACCGAGAGACCGAUCCGCGCAUGGAUGGAUGCCCGGCCGCAUUUGGGGCCGUCCUCCCCACAGGCGCUCAACGCUUGUCGGCUUAUCGCCCAAGCCUUGUGGGGACAGGGACCGUCGAGGCGCUCGGAAGCCGAAGCUCUAAUAGCCGAGAUUCAUUGGAUCGUCGAGGAGAUGGGGGAAGGGCAGUUUGCGGUUUACCAGGCGGAAGAGAGAAGGCUGAACCAGGUGAUGAUGGCCACUCUCCAGUGACUCUGUUCAUAUAUUUAGGUGAAUUUCCCUAGUUAUAGGGACCACAAAUGCCCAGUCUCAGUGCCUCACGGUGUGCUUUCUCCCACUAUUGUUACUAGGAUGUGUGAAAUGGAGCCAUCAAGCCGUGUGGCAGCUUCCUGGUGCAUGGGGCUUGUCGCGCGCCGCAUACAAACGUGCGCGUAGGUAGAUACUGAAGAGUGCGGGAAGAAUUUAACGGUGCAAGAACAGGAGGACUGCCAUACAUGCAACUGAAUUUUUGCG